UUUUUUCCUCUUCCUUAUCCAGUUUAUAUGAUCGGAGAGGAACUGCGCUUCAGGUUGGAAGGAAGCGGGUUGCUGCGAUCAUGGCCGAGCGAGUCCAGCAGCCCCCGGCCAAGCGGCUGUGCUGCCGGCCCGGCUACAACCCGGCGUGCAGACAGGGGCAGCGGGCUGGAGGGGUCCUGUGCGGCGGUGCGGGCUCCGCUCCGGGCGCGUCGGGGAACGGGAAAACGCACCAGCCCGAGUCGCUGCUCGACAUCGCGGCGCGCAGGGUCGCGGAGAAGUGGCCGUUUCAGAGGGUGGAGGAGCGCUUCGAGAGGAUCCCGGAGCCCGUGCAGAGACGGAUCGUGUACUGGUCGUUCCCCCGGAGCGAGAAGGAGAUCUGUAUGUACUCUUCGUUCAACGCAGGAGCGGAGGAAAGUGGAACUAGCGGGGACAAUAAUGACGAGACCCAGCUGCCUUUCCUGCGGGGUGUCACUUUGCUGGAGGGCGGCUGGGUGGACAACGUAUUGCAAGUCGGUUUCCAUUUGAGCGGCACGGUGACGGACCCCGCCACGCCCUCGUCCCCGGAGCUUGUGUGCAGCGUCAGCGUCAGCUUCGACCGCUGCAAGAUCACCGCAGUGACAUGCACUUGUGGAAACAAGGACAUCUUUUACUGCGCCCAUGUAGUGGCGCUGUCGCUUUAUAGAGUACGGAAACCCGAGCAGGUCAAACUGCACCUGCCCAUCUCGGAAACCCUGUUCCAGAUGAGCAGAGACCAGCUGCAGAAGUUCGUCCAGUACCUGAUAUCGGUUCACCACACGGAAGUGCUGCCCACGGCACAGAAGCUCGCCGAUGAGAUCCUGUCUCAGAACUCUGAGAUCAACCAGGUCCACGGGGCCCCGGACCCCACGGCGGGAGCCAGUGUGGACGAUGAGAACUGCUGGCACCUGGAUGAGGAGCAGGUCCAGGAGCAAGUCAAGCUUUUCCUGUCCCAGGGAGGAUACCACGGCUCGGGCAAGCAGCUCAACCUGCUUUUCAGCAAGGUGAGGGAGAUGCUGAAGAUGCGUGACUCCAACGGAGCGAGGAUGUUAACACUGAUCACAGAGCAGUUCAUGGCCGACCCUCGGCUGGCGCUGUGGAGACAGCAGGGCACCACCAUGACCGACAAGUACAGACAGCUCUGGGACGAGCUGGGUGCCCUGUGGAUGUGCAUCGUACUGAACCCCCAUUGUAAACCAGAGCAGAAGUCGUCGUGGCUGCGCCAGCUUCGCAGAUGGAAUAGCGUGGACGUCUGCCCCUGGGAGGACGGUAACCAUGGCAAUGAGCUGCCCAACCUCACCCACUCGCUGCCUCAGGGUGCUCAUGGCAACCAAGAAAUGCGCCCCCACAGGACUGUAUUCACACGAGCCAUCGAGGCCUGCGACCUGCACUGGCAGGACCGGCACCUCCAGCACAUCAUCGCCAGUGACCUCUACGCCAACUACUGUUACCAUGACAACCAGGAAGGCUCCCUCUUUGACUCACGUGGCUGGCCUUUAUGGCACGGUGAGUUGACUGAACAUGUCCCGACGGCCUGCGCUCGGGUGGAUGCCCUGCGUUCUCACGGUUACCCCAGAGAAGCCCUCCGACUGGCCAUCGCGGUGGUGAACACGUUACGAAGGCAGCAGCAGAGGCAACUGGAGCACUUUCGACGGCACAAAAAAGAGCUGCUCCAUAAAGGUCACACCUCCACCACCAACAUGGAGGGCUGGGUGGGACACCCUCUGGAUCCUAUCGGGACCUUGUUUAACACCCUGACGGAGUCGGGACGGGUGGGCGAGGAGGGCUCCAACACCUGCUUAGACCUCUCAGACUGCUCUAGUGUCGUGAGCCGAGCCGACCUCCAGCGAAUGCCCGUGCAGCAAUUGCUGGGAGAAGGUGAAUCGUAUGUGGCACUGGCGGUGGAGACGGCUCUGAUUGGCUUGGGCCAGCAACGGGUGAUGCCAGAUGGGCUGUACGCUCAAGAAAAGGUGUGUCGCAACGAAGAGCAGCUUUUGGCCAAGCUGCGGGAAGUGGAACUGGAUGACUCCUUGGUCAAAAUCUUCCGUAAACAGGCCGUCUUUCUGCUGGAGGCCGGUCCUUACUCUGGCCUCGGAGAGAUUGUCCACAGGGAGAGCGUCCCCAUGCACACCUUCGCCCGCUAUCUCUUCACCUCCCUCCUACCUCAUGACGCUGAACUGGCGUACAAAAUUGCACUGAGAGCCAUGCGGUUGCCAGUGUUGGAGUCCACAGCCUCAUCUGGUGAUCUCUCACGUCCUCACCACAUCGUGUCUGUAGUUCCCAACCGCUACCCUCGCUGGUUCACCCUGAGCCACAUAGAGUCUCAGCAGUGCGAGCUGGCCUCCACCAUGCUCACUGCUGCCAAAGGUGACAGUCGCAGGCUGGAGACAGUCCUGGAGUCCAUCCAGAAAAACAUUCACUCCUCGUCUCACAUCUUCAAACUGGCACAGGAUGCAUUCAAGAUCGCUACUCUCAUGGACAGCCUCCCUGACAUCACACUCCUCAAAGUUUCUCUGGAGCUGGGACUGCAGGUGAUGAGAAUAACUCUGUCAACAUUAAACUGGAGGAGGAGAGAGAUGGUGCGCUGGUUAGUCACAUGUGCCACUGAAGUCGGUGUGUACGCACUGGACAGCAUCAUGCAGAGCUGGUUCACCCUCUUCACUCCCACAGAAGCCACCAGCAUCGUGGCCACCACCGUCAUGUCCAACAGCACUAUCGUUCGCCUGCACCUGGACUGCCACCAGCAGGAGAACCUGGCUUCAUCCGCUCGCACCCUCGCCCUGCAGUGCGCCAUGAAGGACCCCCAGAACUGCGCCCUCUCCGCUCUUACACUCUGUGAAAAGGACCACAUUGCCUUCGAGACAGCAUACCAGAUUGUACUGGAUGCAGCAGCAACAGGAAUGAGCUACACGCAGCUGUUUACUAUUGCGCGCUACAUGGAACACCGCGGUUACCCGAUGAGAGCGUAUAAGCUGGCGACGUUAGCCAUGGCCCACCUGAACCUCAGUUACAACCAGGACACGCACCCGGCCAUCAACGACGUGCUGUGGGCCUGCGCGCUCAGCCACUCGCUGGGGAAAAACGAGCUAGCCGCCGUCAUCCCCCUGGUGGUCAAGAGCGUGAAGUGCGCCACCGUGCUCUCUGACAUUUUGCGGCGAUGCACGCUGACCACACCGGGCAUGGUGACGGCGCUGCACAGUCGCAGGAACUCUGGGAAGUUGAUGUCGCUUGACAAGGCGCCGCUCAGGCAGCUGCUGGACGCAACUAUUGGGGCCUACAUUAACACCACGCACUCACGGCUCACGCACAUCAGCCCGCGCCACUACAGCGAGUUCAUCGAGUUCCUGGGGAAGGCCCGGGAGACUUUCAUGAUGGCUCAUGACGGACACAUUCAGUUCACCCAGUUUAUAGACAACCUGAAACAGAUCUACAAGGGCAAAAAGAAACUCAUGAUGCUGGUGAGGGAGAGGUUCGGCUGAGGGUGAGGCCGGGAGUUGCCAAACGCCACCCUGCCGCUCUAGUACUUUUCUAUUAACUUGAUUCUGCCUUUUGAACUUCUUUUGGACUAAUGGACAAGUAAAAAGAGGGAUGUGACUUGUAGAAAUGAAGCAAAAAGAGAAAGGAAAAGAUGACAAAAAAAUCAACAGAGCCACACGCGGUAUUAUUGUCCUUGCUGUUGUUAUUGUUAAAAACAUUAUUACUAUUAUUACCAUUAUUAUUAUUAUUAUUAAUAUUAUUACUACUAUGUGUACAGAAGUGUUUUUAUUUUUCAGAUGAGAGGAAAUUUGUCACAUUGUGAAUGUUGUGUAUUUCUCUACAUGCGUGCGAGACAAAAAUGAAAAGUGAAAUGGCUUUUAAAAUUUUUUUUUUGUUCCUUUCUUUUUAUGACUUAAAGCAUUUUUUCCCCCCUUUUUUUCCCAGUGUAUAUUGAGUUACACGUUGUCGAGUGGCUGAAGCCCUUGUACAAUAAUGCUCAUGUAAAAACAAAAAACAAAAUACAAAAAAAAAAGAAAGAAAGAAAGAAGAAAAACAACAACAACAAUGUCUAGGCAUCCUCAAAGAGAAACUAAGGCUUUAAACCACACAGAGCGCCUCCCUCUGUUCAGACCCUCGCAGGUGGGCACUGAACAGCAAUGCACGGCUCGGCUCGGCUCGGGUUAGCACUGACAGAAAGCUGCCACGAGCAUUUCUCCACAUUUAGCAGCAGCGACAGCACUUGAGCAGCCAUUAGCUUUCUCUGGGUUCUAGGCAUCAGCUCCAUUUCACACAACAAUGCUCUUAGCCGACUCGUGUUGUUAUUAUUGUAAUCUCAUCCACCUCCAUAAUGAGUACCUGCUCUAGACAGAGGACGGUGUGCAGGCGCUGCAGUGAUGACACAUUAGACAAAGAUAAGGACUAUUAUUGCUUCAUUAAAGUAUUGUAACACCGCUGCAGAUCUUAACAGCCAAAAUUUGACUGAUAUCGUUUGACUUUUUCUUAUUUUUUAAAGCUGAAGCAGACACGCGGAGGGAGACGACUACCUCGUGAUAAUGGUAUUGAGCCUGCUCCCAGUUGUGCUAUCGUUGAUAUUUAUCAUCUACGAUAGCUCGCAGUGUUAAUUAAAAAGGGGACUCAAACGUUGAGACCAAUGUUAAGAGGAAGCUGAGAGUCAGAUUCCUCCUAAGUGUUUCCGUGUUCAUCUCUGCUGUACGUCACUGCCUUGCCAGCGGUACUUUUACACGCCCAAAACACUAAACGUUUGCUCUAAAACACUCAGAUGAUGCAUCAGCCCCCCCCGCCCCCCCUUGCCUUCUUCAUCUCUACAGCCACUGCUGCAUGGUAUUUUCAGACUAGGCCAGUGUCACUUCCCUCAGUGCAUGUGAAUAACGGAAAUUAGACUUUCUACUGUUAUAGCUCAUUGUGUGGAACCUUCAGUAACCAGAAUGUUCUCAGGGAUUUCUCUACGCAGGAAAAAAAAAAAAGAAAAAAAAGGAAAAAAAAAGGUGGAACAAAUGAACGACUGACUACAGGAAAAACACAAAAACAAUGACACAUGAGCAAGCAUUUAUUGUACUCUGUAUAUAUGCCAUAGUAUAUGUCUGAAUAUGGAGGAUCUGAAAGUAUAUGUUAACUAAUUUAUACAGAGUAUUCUAUGUAAUGUGAAAUACUUGAAGCCGCUGUAGUUUGCUCUCUCUGGCUCUCCAUCUCUUUCUCUCUUUUGUCUUCUCGUUUUUCUCUCUUUUGUUGAAAAUGGAACAUAUCAGAAGGACUAGACUGACCUUGUUGAUGGCUUCUUUUUUUUUUUGUGCUCACACAAAGAGGCCACAAGUAUUCACACUGAAGACACUGGAUCCAGUCAGAAAUGCAGGUUUAGUCUGGUUGGAGGCAGAGAAGAACAACGUGGUUCACUCUCGCUGACUAACGCAUACAAAGCAGAGGGAGGUAGUCUACUUCAGAGCAUUGGUCGAUAAAUGUCUGAAAACACAAAAAUGUUAUGCAUGUAAGUCAUUGUAGUAGCCUAGUUUUCCAUGGGAACCUAUUGGAAAAUUAUUACAUGCUUUAUAAAGGAGUUGUUUUGGAGGUGAAUCUGGUAAAAAAAAAAAAAAGAAAGAAACUGUGUAUUUUGUGUCCAGCCUUACAAGUAUUGAAGGACAUCUUUGGACUUCAAUCUGCUCCAUUUUGCAAAACUAUAACAAUAGCUGGAGUAAUAUAGUUGUAAGCAAGAUUACUAAGAUUCACUUUCAUAAUUAUGCACAGGUUUAAAACUUUCGAGUCUCCUCAGUUCUCCUUUCAUUCACUGCAGAAUCUCCAGUGUCUCCUCUGCAAUGUUCAGCUGUCCUCUUUAUUAGUUGCCUUUUUUUUUAAAACCUUAGUUCUGUUUUUUUUUUCUGUGCAACUUUUUUCUAUCUUGUGUUGAUUAAAGAUAAAAGCAGCCUUUUCUCUUGCCUUGUCUUAACGCUUUAAAGUAACCAAACAGAAGAUCUAUCUAACAACCAAACGCGUUCUAAGAGGUCAGAGACAACCAACCUUGGUCCCAGCUUUAGUGUCCUUAAUUAGUAAGUGAAUGGCUGUGUAACUCAUGCUUUAACAAAGCAGUUCCUCACGUGUGUUUGGUGGAAAAAAAAUGUUGUCCAGUGUCUCUUGUUCUCUUCCGAAAUGAUUUCCUCUUGAGUCUUUCCAGCUGUUUUUAUUUUAUUUGUAUGUUUUUUGUUUGUGUAGGAAUCUUCUGCUCUCCCUUUUUAUUUAUUACAAUGACCCAUGUAUACUUGCUUAUGAAAUUAAGAUUUGAUACACCGAUAUCGAUUUAUUUAUGUAACUAAAUCACUGUUUUAUAAUCUUGUUAAUGAGUCAAUAAUUGAUUUUUUUUUUUUGUUUUUCUUUUGUUUUUUUUUGUUUUUUUUUUGUUUUAAUAAAAGUUAGUUUUUUGAAAUGUA